AACCCAGAAACCGCGGCGAUCGCCCGAGCGCUGGGAGGACUCGCUAUGCAGAAGCCUUCUGUUUUUCCCUCAAAAUAAAGUUUUGGUGCUUAUCGACAGUACACUGCUGCUGUAGGAUACGCCGAUCUACAAAGAUUUUUUCCUGCAUUUUAUUUUUGUUCCACAUAGUCCUGCUUUUGGCUUACACUGCAGGGACAAACGUUUGUUUUCUGGACGCAAGACCGUCCGCGAGUAAUUUUUAAGACACUGGGAUUUACAGCCUGUAAAAAUGCAUGGGAUUUGGGGUCUGGAUAUCGUGCUGCUUUUGCUGACACUCCUGUGCGACCACUCGGUGCUUGCGGACGCUUUCGGGGACGAGGACGAGAUGACCUGCGAUCCUAUCCGGAUAUCUAUGUGUCAGGAUCUGGGAUACAACGUGACAAAGAUGCCCAACCUGGUGGGAAACGUGUUGCAGUCGGACGCAGAGUUACAGCUGACAACUUUUACCCCGCUCAUCCAGUACGGCUGCUCCAGUCAGCUCAGGUUCUUCCUGUGCGCGGUUUAUGUGCCCAUGUGCACCGACAAGGUUCCCAUCCCCAUCGGGCCCUGCAGCAGCAUGUGCCAGUCCGUCAAGCGCAAGUGCCUCCCCGUGCUGACGGAGUUCGGCUUCGCGUGGCCCGAGCUCCUCAACUGCAGCCUCUUCCCGCCGCAGAACGACCAGAACCACAUGUGCAUGGAGGGCCCGGGGGAUGAGGACCCCCCGUACCACACCAUCCGCACCCUGCAGCCAAUGGAGGAGGAGUGCCACGCCCUGGGCUCCAGCCCAGAGCAGUACACCUGGGCGAAGCGCAGCAUGAGCUGUGUGCUGCAGUGUGGCUAUGACGCCGGGCUCUACCCACGCCAGACCAAGCUCUUCGCUGACGUCUGGAUGGCCGUCUGGGCCGUCCUCUGCUUCCUGUCCACCGCCUUCACUGUGCUUACCUUCCUCAUCGACUCCUCGCGCUUCUCCUACCCCGAGCGGCCCAUCAUCUUCCUCAGCAUGUGCUACAACAUCUACAGCGUGGCCUUCAUCGUGCGGCUGACGCUGGGCCGCGAGCGCACCUCCUGCGACCUGGACGAGGCCGCCGUCCCCGUGCUCAUCCAGGAGGGCCUCAAGAACACGGGCUGCGCCAUCGUCUUCCUCCUCAUGUACUUCUUCGGCAUGGCCAGCUCCAUCUGGUGGGUGGUGCUCACGCUCACCUGGUUCCUGGCGGCCGGCCUGAAGUGGGGCCACGAGGCCAUUGAGAUGCACAGCUCCUACUUCCACAUCGCCGCCUGGGCCAUCCCGGCCGUCAAGACCAUCGUGGUGCUGAUCAUGCGGCUGGUGGACGCUGAUGAUCUCACGGGGCUCUGCUAUGUGGGCAACCAGCACGUGGACGCCCUGACGGGCUUUGUGGUGGCGCCACUCUUCACGUACUUGGUGGUCGGCACUCUCUUUAUUGGCGCCGGCCUGAUGGCGCUCUUCAAGAUCCGCUCCAACCUGCAGAAGGACGGCACCAAGACGGAUAAACUAGAGCGACUGAUGGUGAAGAUUGGCGUUUUCUCCGUUCUCUACAUGGUGCCGGCCAGCUGCGUGGUCGCCUGCUACUUCUACGAGAUCUCCAACUGGGGCGACUUCCGGCGCUCGGCGCAUGACUCGUACCUGGCAGUGGAGAUGCUGAAGAUCUUCAUGUCGCUGCUGGUGGGCAUCACGUCGGGCAUGUGGGUCUGGUCAGCCAAGACGCUGCACACCUGGCAGAAGUGUUCCGGCCGGCUGGUCGGCUCGGGCAGGACCAAGAGGGGGGGCAGGCCCGGUGGCUGGGUCAAGCCGGUCAAGGGCAGCGAGACGGUGGUGUGAGGAUGCAGAAAUGGCCUGGAGCUGAGGGUGGGGGGGUGUGGUUCUCAGGACCCUCCCCAAGGCAAGGGACUGCAGGAGGAGCUGGGACGCGAGCACAGGCCCCCCACACGCUGGCAGCGGGUCGCGGGCAGCCCAAGUGACGCACGAGGCCUCCUGCGCAGGUUUGACGGGCUCCACUUGGGGGUGCCGUCCUCCAGCCGCCCUGCGACAGCGGAGCUGGACAGCAGUCACGGGAUGGCGGUUGUGUGACGCCUCGGUCCCUCCUUAUGCAUUUUUAAGAGUACUUUGUUCUUAGUUUCCGUUCUUGUGUUUUUAAAUGAACCGUACACUGGACAGUGGUAGCGCAGAUGUCUUAUGAAAGAGAAGUGCAGUGUGGAAAGACAGCGUCAGAGCGCUCGCAUCGGGCCCGCAGAGGGGGGUGUGGCUGGACGGGGGAUGAUCCCCCUCAAUUUUAAGCUGUGCUGAUUCCAAGCUCAGACGCAGGAGCUGAACUACAAUGGUGCUUGGAGAAGAGUCUCACUUUUUAAAGUUUGGUCCUCAGCUAUUUGGACGGGUUAUUUUGCUCACAAAGGUGAGAAAAUGCAUUUUAAAAGUGUUUCCAUUCAUCCUCCAUGAAUCCUGUUUAAGUCUUAUUUUUCUCAGUGCACUAGCUCUUGUUUUAGUGUGUUUUCGAGGUUAGAGACGCAGAGACUGCGGAGAAUCAAACCAUUAUUUUUUUAUCAUAAAUUGAAAUGUCCCCCGCAGGGUCCUCCUGAGCUGUCUAGUGAUCUUGUUUUGGUGGAAUCUCGAAGAGCUCGAAUGCGGAAUCGUAGCACAUGCUACAUGUCGCAGGAAACUGACGGCAGUGAGGGGCGAAGGUUCAGCACACGCCGCAGUUAUGUGGGUGAUGAACUCAAGGGCACUGAGUAGCUCUGCAAUCCCUGAAAGGGCUUUUCUGUUAGCCCUUUGAAUGUAUGUAACUCAGAAAAAAAUCAUUUUUAAGGGUCCAGGGACAAGUACAUUUUAGGGAGUUAGCAAUUCCUAGGCUGGGACACAGUGAAGUACUUUAAAAUAUUUUUUUAAAACAGGCGUUUUGUUAUUACUGUAUUAUAAAAUGCUAAUUUAUCUUUGUACAAACUAAGAAAAAAACUUCUUAGUUCUGCCUUAUUUAAGAACACUUUUGUAUCAGAAGAAAAAAAAUUAAACUUUUUGUUUUUAAA